CCAGAUUCAUUUAUUGCAGAUGUAUAUGUGAGGUAGGCCGAUUCUGACCUGGGCACGCAUAUAAGUUCUGUGGGGAGCUCUGGACUGGACCAGCGACAAUUCGCCCUUCUUUCAACUUUUGCACUCCUCAUCAGAAACUAUAUUUCGGAAGUCAUGGAUGCUCGCCCAAAGACGAUAUACCUCCCAGACACUAUGGUUACCUGGCCCUGGCCUCGUACCAUCAAUCCUCAUUACAAAGAUGUGAAAGCUGAAGUCGAUGCUUCAUUCCGUGAUUUCAAGGCACUGAGUCCCAAGUCACAAGAAGCAUUCGACAAAUGCGAUUUUGCCCUCCUAACAGCACUGCUUUAUCCCAAGGCACCAAGAGAACACCUUCGAAUUGCCUGUGAUUUGAUGAAUUUAUUUUUCAUUUACGACGAGUACACCGACUUCAAAAAUGAUGCACUCACGAAGGAAAUGGCUGACAUCGUGUUCGAUGCCCUACACAAUCCUCAUAAGAAACGACCAGAAGACGAAUGCAUUCUGGGCGAAAUCGCGCGACAAUUUUGGGCUCGGGCGAUCCAAUCCGCAAGCUUGUCUUCCCAACGUCACUUCCUUGAGACCUUUCCUGCAUACCUUUAUGCAGUAGUUGCCGAGGCUCUUGACCGUGGACAAGAUCAUAGGCGCAGUCUCGAUGACUACUUGAAACUCCGGCGCAAAACUGUUGGCGUAAUACCUUCUUUCCCAAUAUUGGAGAUGGGAAUCGACCUUCCUGAUGAAGUGUUGUACGAUCCCGUGAUCAUGGAUCUCGCUGAAUGCAUCACAGACUUAGUUCUGAUCGACAAUGACAUGAUAUCAUACAACAAAGAACAAGCGGUUGGGAACGAAGCCCAUAACAUCAUCAGUACCAUCAUGUUUGACCUCGGCCUUGACGUAGGCGGUGCAAUGGCCUGGGCAGCGCACUAUCACACCGAAGUUCAGAAACGAUUCAUCGACGGUCUUGUGAAAGUUCCUUCGUGGGGAGCUUCCGUUGACGCCCUAGUCAAAGAAUAUCUUGACCGGACAGCAAUGUGGGCUCGAGGCAACCAUUCUUGGAGUUACGAAUCUCAGAGGUACCUUGCCACCAUGGGUCCGGAAAUACAGCAAACUAGGCUUGUCCCGCUGUUACCAAGGCCCGAUCGCAAAUUCAUGUGAAUCUAUUAAAUCCGUUCAGAUACCAAGCUCUUUCCACAGAAUCUGGCGCUAACUUUUCUUGUACCUCGUAAAUUUCAUUGUGAUAUGUUACUACCAUACUUUUCACUCGGUCUCUCAUAUAUGCCACUCUUGUCCUCCCACAUCCCUAGCUUUCAGCUGACUAGUACUUUUCAUAUAUGACUUUUGUGACCCUACUGGCAGUCGCAGUUACUGUAAUGAUGUUAG